AUAAGAUGCUGCAGGUGGAUGUGAACUUCAUCCUCAGAGGCAGAGUUGAGCUUGAAGCAUCAAGAUGGCCUCCUCAUCGCUGCUCCUUCUUCAGCUGCUCCUGCUGACCUCCCUGGUCUCAGCUUCUCCUCACUGGGGAGUAACAUUGAACUCCGCCUACAAAGGAAGGAACUCUGAUGGAUCAGUUAAGAUAUCUCUCCGAGCCAGAGGUACUUUUGAUUCCUGUGGUAACUUCCUUGACUGGACUUGCAGCGGCAACUGUGGCAGUGUGACCAGUAAAGUCAAAGAUAUAGUCGACACAAGCACCAACUCAUCAUUCAACCAUUACCAAUGGUGUGAAACCGAACUCAUUGAGAAAAAGAGCUUACUCAAUGACAAGCCGUUUAACCUCGGGGCAUCUUCCUACUACUGGGUCACAACACGUAACUCAGUUAUGAGCGGGAGUUUUGAGUCUCACGUGGAUUUUGGGAGAAGAUCAGACACAGAAGAACCAAAUAAACUGCCUGAUGUUGCCAUUGUUCCCUUCUUAAGAGUUCCUGAAAACUGCCCGAGAACAUACAAGCUGGCUGCCUUUGAUAUUGAUGGAGACAAAGUCCGCUGCAGGUAUGGGAAUUUACCUGGCUACGAGUGCGACAACUGCUCUCUCCCUUCAGGCUUCCAACUGGACCAGGAUUCUUGUACAUUGCACUACCAGCACGCAAAUCAUGACAGCAGAGUCUUUGGUUUUGAGAUGGUGGUAGAAGACUUCCCACACAGCACUAUUGAUCUGUCCUAUUCUGAUGGAUCAAGUGUUCGUAAGCAUCCACUGCUUUCAAGGAGGAAGAGAUCCGCUGUCAGUGCAUCUUCACACAUGCCUAUGACUACUACCGCAGCAACAACUACAACAGCUACUACAACUACUGCAGCAACAACCACAUCAACUGUACCAACAACUACUACAACUACUGCAGUUUUCCUUAGUGCCACCUACUGA